AUGAACAAUCAAUUAAUAGAAAAAAUUAUAAAAAGUAAUGGACAGACAUGUCCUCAAUUUAUUUAUACAAAUGCAGCGCUAGAUGUAAAUGUAACACGAGAAAUAUCGAAAGGCUUAGUGAAGUUGAUUGAAAACACAAGAGAAAAUGAAAAUCCCGUAUCACGUAGGUCUAUAUUGGAAAAUAUUAGGAAUAUGUGUAAGAAUCAACCGUCAGGACACGCAGAUAUUGACGAAAACAUUACUGGUUUACUUAUAGACGUCUUCCAAAGCCGUAUUCCUAGUUCGGAUGAUGAUAUUGAUAAACAAUUAGAGGCAUUUCUUAUCAGAACAUCAAAAGAAGUCAGCCUUAAUGCAUAUCCCGAAACAACAAAUAAUCCGGAAGUUUUGAAAGCUUUGAUAAAUUUGAACCAUGGAAAAGACUUAUCGGGUGCUAUUUCUAAGAAUAUUAUAUACUGGAAUACCGAAGAUAUAAAAUUUCAAGGUAUUUUAAAAGAUGUCUGGGACAAAUUUAAGAAUGGAUAUGAAAUGGAUAUUCCUGAAGAUUUAUCAAUAAAAGCACGAUCUGAAAUCGAGAGAUUACUACUUGAAAAUACACUUGCUUUACUUGAAGAAACUAUAUCUACCACAGACGACUUCACACCAAAUAAUGAUAUAUUAUCAUUAAUUAAAUUCUGCAGUAACUCACCAAACUGUUUUCAAAUAUGUACAAUGUGA